UCUUAUCCUAAUUUACCAGGUAUUCACUUCCAAGACUAUUGAUAAGGAAUCUACGCACUCAUUUUGACAACAUGGCUCCAGAAAAGACCAUUACAAAGAAGAAAGUUCGCAUACCAAUCCUGCUUGCCGGAGUUUGCUUCAUUUUUCUGCUUGUAAGGAAUUUUGCAAUGAUCAACUGUAAAAAUGUCGACAUGAUUGAGGCUCUGCAAUCUUAUCAGUCAUUGCAAGCCCAAACUGUACAGCCAACGCGUAAGCCUCGACAUCACCCAACACGUGCUGAUUCGGUGCUGCGUGACUUUGCUUCAAAUACUUUAAACACUUCCGAUAAGUCCUACUGCGAUAGCAAGGAUCCAUACCGACACAUACCUCUCAAACCCAAUCAGCGCGUUAUUCAUCUAACUGGAAAAAUGGGAUACAACAACAAGUUUCAAAAGGAUGUUGAAGACAGACAAAGGGAAGUGAUCCAGAAGUUUCCCUGGCUACGGAAUACCUCUGAUGCCAUCUCUCACUUCAAAGUUCCCGACCAUUGGCUGAACUAUGAACCGUACCAGGAACAUUUGCAGUUCCUGAAAGAUCCGACACAUGAAUCUUCUAAGGGUGGAGGCUGGUGGUUUUGGAAGCCGGCUGUGAUCUUGGAUGUCUUGAAGCAGCUGUCACCAGAUGAUGUGCUGGUUUAUGCUGACUACGACCAGACCAAUUGGUGGCCAGGCUUGGCAGUUUUUAUCGAAUACAUGAUUCAAAAUCCAAAUAUUGACUGGGCUCUAACACAAAUAUACAAAACAGGACGUAUUUGAAGCAUACUGUGGAAAACCGACAAAGGCGCUCCAGGACUCUGGUCAGUGGCGCGCUGGGCUGCAUAUUUUCCGCCCUACUCCCCGUGUCAUACAGUUUAUUGAAGAGUGGCAGCGAGCCACCGAAGACUACAGUGCAAUAUCUGACACGGAAUCUCUGAUCCCAAAUGCACCGUCUUUUGUGGAGCAUCGCCGGGAUCAAUCUCUUCUAAACUUGCUGCUCAAAUGUUGGUUCACGUCAGAUGAGGCAAAAUAUGUAAAGGUGUUGGAUCCUUGCGAAGGGCUAUAUAUGAAAGGGAAUCUUAACUUACACUUUGUCACAUUACCUUCCCUGAAAACUCCCGAGGAACUUACGCUGCUUGAAGAGCGGAGGCACAGCUUUUGGGCUUCCCACAAUUGUACUGUUCCAAAAGCACUAUACCAAACAUGAUUCCUAAAAAUAAGCAACAACUUGUCUUGU